CGAAGCUUGUACCAGAAAACAUCAGCCAUGGGCCGGUUUUCUCUAUUCAGUCUAUUCAGCGACAUUGAUCCUAUUGCAAAAUAAACUACAAGCAGGAUACAGGAUUGUCAUUGCGUGACGAUUGCGUUAUUUCGUGACAAAUCCGGAUAAGGCGUAAGUGAUGGUGGCCAGUUGACGUGCACGAAGAGUACAAAUAUCUGAUCAAAACUGAUCAAUGAGUUCUUGUAACGUGGAGACGCGCGUGAGGAAUUCUCUGAACGAGCACUGAAAAUCGUAGCAACCAAAGAGACCAUAGAUCUUUAUUCUUAAAAUACAAAGAGGUGAACCAAUCGAAAGUUGAUGGCAUCAACGGGGAAGACUUUUUCCUUAGACAGCGCUUUACAGCAGGUCGGAGAAUUUGGCCGCCAUCAGAAACGAAUUUACUUUUCGGUGAGCCUCAUCUCGCUUCCUCUUGCUGCUCAGAUGCUUAUUGUCGUUUUUGUUGGAGGGAUUCCGGAAUGGAAAUGUCCAUCUCCCGCCGGCGACAUUCUUCACUGCAAUUCAACCACUGCACGCUGUUGUGGUGAUGAUGGCGCAAUUUGCCAAGGCGCGCGGUUUUCUUCAGAGUUUACAUCCAUCGCGACAGAAUGGAACUUAGUCUGCUCUCAGCGCUAUAAAUGUGAGCUAAGCCAGUCGAUAUUUGUGGCAGGAUACAUGUUUGGGGUUCUUAUUUUUGGUAUUUUUUCCGACAAAUAUGGUCGACGGAAGCCCUGGUUAAUUGCGUAUAUAGUUGGAGGAUUUUUAGCCCUCGUGUCAGCCUUUGUCGGCUCUUACGAAGAGUACCUUGUGCUACGAUUCGCGAUGGGGUUACUGAACGGCGGGGGGGGCCUUCUAACUUAUGUAUUGUCAACAGAAUCGAUCGGCCCCUCGUAUCGAGGAACUGCAGGCACAUGGCAGCAGGCCCUCUAUGCUGUUGGUUAUGUCUUUCUGGCAGUAGAAGCCUACUUCAUCCGCGAUUGGCACACUCUGACAAUUAUAUCAAUUCUUCCCUCAUUUGUGGUGCUACUGAUCUUUAAAUCAAUUCCUGAAUCUCCAAGAUGGCUUGCCUCACAAGGAAGAAUAAAAGAGGCAGAACAUAUUCUAAGGAAAAUUGGGAAAGAAAAUGGCUUUCAGAAGAGUGAAGUAGUACUUCUGAAAACAGAUACAGAGGAAAACACGGAAUCUUCUCAGUAUGGAAUGAUGGACUUAUUUACUCACAAGUCUGUAUGUUUCAUCACAAUUAUCAUGAUGCUUAUAUGGUGUGUGAACAGUAUGGUUUAUUAUGGACUGGCAUUGAAUGUGAAAAACCUUGCAGGAAAUCUGUAUAUCAACUUCUCUCUGGCAAGCUUAAUUGAACUUCCUUCCUCUUUUGCCACACAAAUUUUAUUGGCUAAACUUGGUCGUAGAAAAAGCUUAUUUUGUCUUCUACUUGGUGCGAGUAUUGCAUGCUUCUUGUGUACGUUCCUACAACUACAAGGCAGGCAGAAUGUUAUGGCAAUCUCUUUUACAGCUUUAAUUGGCCGCUUCUUUAUCUCAGCAUCAUUUGCUGUGCUGUAUGUUUACUCCGCUGAACUUUUCCCUACAGUUGUGCGUAACGUAGGUAUGGGGAUUUCAAGUUUUUCCGCACGAUUGGGUGGUAUGGUAGCACCAUUUAUAGUCCUACAAGGGGAUCAAAGCACAUCUUUCCCAAUGUUUGUUUUUGCCUGCACAGCAUUGUUUGCUGCAGUGACUGGCUUAAGACUGCAUGAAACACAGGGAAAACCAAUGCCAGAGACAUUUGAAGAGCUUGAUGAAAACUAUCUGAGAAAUCAAAAGACAAACGGAGACCAUAAGGGGACUGAUAGCUUAUUGUUAUAAGAACUAUGGCAAACACAUUUAAAUCAAUUAACACUUAUUAUAAUUAUUGUUUUCCUUCAGGUGUGAAAUAUAAAUGUCUCUGUGCCUUAGAUGUGAUAUAUAAAUGCUUCUACGAAUGUUUAAUUGGCAUCAGCAAAUUUUACUUUAUAGUCACUUUUUCUUGAAAGUGCCCACAUUUGUUAGAGAAAAGAUAGAAUGAGCCAACAGGAGGUGAAACUUGAGAUUGGAGAAAUAACUCCGAGGAAACCUUUCAGCUUGCAGUGAGUCCCUUUCCCAUUUAUAACUCCCCUAUGAAUUUAAACAAAUAUACAUGCACAAAUAAGCCUCAAAUGUGAAAUAAGAUUGCUGUCUCAGUGUUGUAACUGGGCAUUUUGGGAACUUUAGUUAACCACUUGAAAAAAUGGAAACAAAGUGUAAAUAAUUUAUGAGGUAUUUAAAGGAAAGGGAUCAAAAUUAGCUUGUUGACUGUUGGUAGAUGCUCUUCUUGUACAGUUUAAAGAAGUAUUAUUCAACAAAUAUUUUUUCUUUUUUUGAGAAAAUUUCAAAUCAAUUGAUGUUUAAAACUGUUGCUGAGUGAGGGACAAGGGAUUUUCCAUAAAGAAGCAAACCAGACUUCCCCUAUAAAGCACCAAAGAUAUUUUUUUUCUAUUAAAAUAUUUUGAGAUGAAUUCACCUUCCCCCCAUAAAAGAACAAAAACAGAUCUCUUUACAAGGGACAUAGAUAUAUUUUUGCUUUGUACCUAGGUUUCAUUUUUGAACCUAAGCAAACUUUUUGGACAAGAACAAAAUUGUUGUGUCAAACCAACAGGUUUUGAAAGCUCGAUCUUAAAGGUCUAAAUUAUUUGUAAACAUUGCUGAAAAAAAAAAAAGAGUCCGAAAAAGUAGUUAAGUGGUACUUUUUUUUAACAAUAAAAGAUCAAAUCUGGCUUUUGGCUGUCUUUUACGAAUGAAUAACACUUCCAAAAAUAUUUUUAUAAAUUUGGUUUCACUUGAAACUUAAAAUCAUUGGGCAAAGAUUAACAACAAGCUUGUAACAGUGAUUCAGCGUGUAUCGCUAAAUUCUGAAACAGAAGAACCACACAAACUAACGAUAAUUUGAAGUUUUAUAUUUAAUCUUCACUGCAGUAACCCGAGUACAACAGUAACAAAAUAACCAUGCAAUUUAUCCCAUUUAGAAGACCUCUCUUGAAUUAAAUGCCUUUUAAAGGGUGUAAUAAAUAUUUACCAAACUAUAACUUUAAAAAAUAACAUUCUUGUUGACAUGUUAAAAAUGAGAAUCCAAAAAAAUAACCUAUAAACUCUUACAAAUUUUUAUAUACUAUACCACCCCACCUGACAGUGUAUUACAAAAGACAAGGGCCACUCUAUUGGAGUUCAUUGUAAUAGGACCUUCAUCACAUUUAGAAACUAUUUAUGAAAUUAUCAUCCAUUUGUUCACUAAAGUUGAAGUCCUUUCAUGGACAAAUAUAUUUUAAAUUGUGUAGUUCUAUAUAAUAUUAAAAUUAAUUUUGGUUUCAACUUUGAACCAGCAUGGCUGUGAACUCUAACACAAUUUGACAUCAAGUGUAUAUUGCAGAGUUUUAAGUUAACACCAAUACAUAUAUCUUAAUAACCAAGCGUGAGGGCCGUACUGGGAGAAUAUCGGCCUGAGGUCUCGACAGUACGGACCAUGUACAAAAAGGACAGAGGGCCGAUAUUCUUCCAGUACGGUCCCGAGCAAGCUUGGUUAAUAAGAGAUUUAUUACAUG